AUGAUAAGUAUAACGGAUCUACCCAAUCAUGCACUACAGAAAAUCUUCAUUAAGCAUCUGAAAUAUGGGUUUGAAGAGUUGAAGGGGCUCUAUAAAAUGGAUAAGAUGUUUGGUGAUUUAUUGAUUGAGAACAUUGCAAUUGUUACCAAUGACAGGAAUUUACCACAACAUGCAAUGACAAUGGUGGAUGGUUUACAGGACUUGGAUCUCAAAGUGUUUGAUGAAAUGAAUGUCAAUUAUAGCAUUUGGAUUGUCAACUAUAAUACAGAGUUGGAUAAUGGGGGUGUGAGUAAUGUUUAUAAGCACUUAUUAGAAGAUACGUUUUUCAAAGUUAACUUUUUCACACAACUUAACUUGUUCCAAAGUAAUUACUUGGACGGUCAAAUCACCACGGAAAAUAAACACAUUCAGUAUGAAGAUGAAGCUGAAAAUCAACUCGUGUUGGCCAAUCAAUCACUAAGUCUUGAGCUUGAAGAUGCUUUUUUUCUAGGAUAUUCUGAGUUCUAUGUUGGUUCACCAAAUAAUGAUUUUGUGGAGGAGUUACAAUUAAGGUCAGUUAGUGAUCCAAUUACACAUGAGUCAUACAUUUCUGAGAAUCGGUUCAGUAAAGAGGAUUUUGAAAAAUAUGUUAUAAAGCUAGUGAUUUUCACUAAUCAACAAACCAAAGAUCAUAACAUUGAUGGGUUAAAAUUGAAAAACUUAAAAUCUUUAUAUUUGGCAACAUCAGACUUUGAUUUCAAUUACACAGCUCACGAUUAUUUAGACACGCUGAAUAACCAAGAUGUCUCUACAGAGGGUAGUGCAUUGAAGGAAACUGUUGAUUUCAAAGGGCUGGAUGGAUUAUUAAGUGAUACCGGAGAAGAUCCCUUCUAUUUCCAACAACCAUUACUAUAUUCAAUUAACAACUGUGAUUUUGAGAGGCUUGAAGAGGUAAAAAUGACAAUUGACGUCCAUGUUGAUGCCAUAUCAAAUACCAAUAUGAGCUCUUUGAAAAAACUUGUUAUUAAGAAUAAUUUUUUUCUUAAAUUGAAUGAUGUUAAGCUUGACUCCCUUGAAUACUUGAAAAUUGCACAAACCGUUGAUUAUAGUCUUCCUUUAGAUUUGGAUGUGAUGGAUGAGCUAAAUCAUUUUUGUGAAAAACACUCGAUCAGAUUUCGAGAUAUCAAUAGAAUCAAUUACUAUGAUUUCCAAAAUUUGAAUUUCUCUUCAUUGAAACAUAUCGUUGUUCCUGAUAUUAAUAGUUUAAAAGGGUUUGAUAAAACUGAAUUACUUAGAUUGAAUUCAAUUGAAGUUAGUCAUGAUCCUUCAUAUCCUCAAAACGUAAUGAUUUUUCUAAAUCAUCCAGAUACACCAUUAUCUAAAGAAAAACAGGAUUAUCAAAUGGAAUUUAUGGAUGAAGAUAUCAGAGGUGAUAUUGAUGAUUUUUUUCACAAAUUUAAUGGUAUUAUAACUAUUAGUGCUGAAGAUAAUUCUGAUGAUGAAGAUGUUGUUAUACUUGAAAAUGAUGUGACCAAUAUACAUACAAUUUAUGCUCCACUGAGGAAUUAUUCAAACUAUAUGCAAAUAUCUUCAGAAUACAACUUGGCUGAAUAUAGGGAAGAUCAUUAUGAGGAAAGCUUUAUUGAUGACCUUGAUGUUGUUGAGUGCAAAACGUCAAAAGGAUCAUCUGAUACAUUAUAUAGAAUGUUCAGGUAUUGCGCAUUUGUCUGA